CCCAUUCUUCAGUAUUAUAUGAAAAAAGUCAAGCUAUGAAAACACAUGCGUGCAUUACUCUUUACUGGCGUAAGACACUCCCGUAGUGAUCGCUGCUUUUUGUCCAAAGACGUUUAGUGACGUAAUUACCCGCGGAUUGAAAUUUGGUGUCAGGUGUUGCUUCUCUGUUUGUUUACGAUUGACGAACGUUUGUGGAAAAUGUUUAAAGAAAAGUUAUUUCUGUGUGUUUUCACCGCGUGUAGUUUUGGAUAAAAUGAUAAGUUCUUUUACGUAAAUCCGUACGACUGGGAACAAAGUGGAUUAUGCGUGAACCUACAUAUCUGCUCCUGAUGAACAAUGGACACCUUUAAAAAGCCAGAAAGGGUUCCACCAAGGAAAACAGUAAAGGGUAACCAACAAGAUACACACUACUGUGCAAGACUCGAGUCCUCUGUAACAUCCGCUUCCCCAUCAACAUCACUUUGUUCACAACAGUCUAAAUGCAAUAACUAUAGCUAUGCUGCGAGUUUUUACAAAAGUGUUAUAAAUAACAGUACUUUAUCCAAUGACUCAAGAGUUCUACAUGAUUCUUCUCAAUUACAUAGUUCUGUAAAGAAGUUUGGUGAAACUAUGUGGCUUGAGCUUAUAAAUACUGCCAGUAAGUGGCAGGUUGAGGGAUUUGCUGAAAAGUGCAAGGAAAUGAAAAUGAGGGCAGCUCUGUCAAAAGGCAAUUUACAUAAGAAAGUGGUGUUCUUUGAAAGAUGGUGGUGUGUUUUAACAGAUGAACUCGAUCUCUGCAUUCAGGGAUUUGUGGAGAACAAGAGUGGUAUGGUUCAGACUGAACCCAUAAUAAAACGAAUGGAUUCCCAUACUGUGGCCAGUCGAAAUUAUUUAUGCAAACUGAAAAAUUUCAGUGAUGAAGACUGUGUUUCAGGUUUACCACACUUCAUUAAAAACAGAUUUGCUUGUGGAUUCCCUGAAGACUGGAAACUGUUAAGAAGACAAUGGACCAUGUUUUUAAAAGCAGGAGAACCACGAGAUUUUCAGUGGAAGGGAAAUGACAAUGCAGCUAUUUUAGACAACUGUUCUUCCAUCCAAAAGCCCCCUGGACAAUCAUCACAAGAAAGUAGUUGUGAGGAAUUCACAAACAAAACUCAAAAGAGAAAUUCAUUGCUUGCCAACAAUAAGUUCACAGAAAAAGUUCUUGGACUUGGUUCUAAUAAUGCUGUAGUUGAAAAACGUGAUACUAAAAAUACAGGAAACCGGGCAUGUUUAGAAGAAGAAAGAACUAACUGUGGAAUCCCUAAAAGAAAUGAACCAGAAUGUAGCAACACUGCUACAACUACAAAGAAACAUUUUCUGGCAACUAAAAGAAGUUUCGAUAUUGUUAAUGAUAGUGAAGACUCAAGCGAUGAAGAUAAUGGCAUUGUCAACUUGGGGACAAGUUGCCAAGAUGCAAAAAUCAAUGAUAAUCAGUAUGGAAAUAAGGAGCAAUCGGUUGUUAUGAGAAGAAAUAAUACACCUCAAGCAUUGGUGGGUAAUGAAGUAUUACUGGAGAAGUGGCUGCCCGUCUUGAAGGGGAGACAACUCUGCUUCAAAGGAGUCAGGUCUAUAGGGAGCACAUACAACGAUCACACAACAGCUGCCGUAAAAUCAAGACUUAAAAGUGAUACUGUGACACUUGUUGAUGGCAGUACCUGCAAGCUUAUAGGACAGUUUCAUGACGUACAAAAUUGUUUGCCUGCAGAAAUUGGAUCUAAGUUCAACUGUGGAAUGCCACUGCAUUGGCGGAAAGUAUUAGAUAUGUGGAUUACCUAUGCCAACAUUGCUAAAGGUACAUCUGCUACAAGAAGUGAAUCUUCACACUUGAAUAACCAGCAACAAGGAAAUGUGAGAACAAGCUCACGGGGCCGUAUUUUGCUGCGACCAGUGAAACACUGGUUAGGUGAGACUCCUUCAUCAGUCAUUAACUGUAUGGCAGACAACAAUAAAGAGAAAAAUAACGACGUACGAGAGAAACUAUGGAAUGAUCAAGGCUCAAAUGCUUUGCCUGCUGUGAAAAGUGACAGAGUGCAAAGUGCAGGUGACAAGAAAAAAUGUGAGAUGUUGAACAAGCCGGAAGCAGUACCACCAAAAAGCGUAAAAAAUGCAGUCAACUCAACACGAAAGAAAGAAUUAGUUUACAGAAACGUAAAGAAAAGUAAAAAAGAACGGCAGCCAUCUAUACCUGACACAGACAAAGUUGUGAAUAGUGAUCCUUUAGAUCGCAAUAACUGUCCAGCAAAUCAAUUUGAAAACCCAAGUCAUUUUACAAAUUCCAAAAGGAGAGUUCUGAAGAGUGGAAACAAACAAAUCAAUGCACAAAAAGAAAGUUCUAAUGCCAUAAUGUACAAGAACAAGAGUGAUGGUGUUGGUAAGAAUGAAGUUUCUCAUAGUAUCCACUCAAUUAAUAAAAUCAAUAAAGGAAAUUUAAAGCCAAAUACUACAGUCCCAGUAUUAGGCAAAGAUAGUAAAGAUUCCACCAAUGACAAAAAUAGUAAGCACACCGCCAAGAAAACUAAAAAUAUGAAAACAAGUGAUAUGGGCUAUGAUUUUACAGAUUUUCUCGGGAAGCCCCCACGUACCCUGAAGCAGAGGAAGAAACUGGCCAAAAUAGUCAAUACACUAUCACAAAAUAACAAAAAAAAUGUGGAUGUUUUUGAUGAUACUUCAGAAGAUCAUGAAAAUAGUAGGGCGGAGUGGGAUGAUUUUAUAGAUUUGAGUGAUUGUGCAACUUUUAACAUCGGAGAAGAAACACCACGUUCAAAGUUACUUCAUGGAAGUUGUUUCAAGACACCUGAGACUUCUCCAUCACGCUCUAUAUUCCAGAUAACACCAUGUAAUAGUGGUGAAGUUCUGCGAUACGUUCAUCAGCAGAAGACAAAAAAAGACAGAGCUGUCGAAAAGAAAGAUGCAAAGAAAACAAAAUUAUCUUUUAUUCAUACCACAACAGAAAAUCAGGCUGUAAAUGACAUAUAUGCAGCACUUCUGAAGGGAGAAACCAUCCCAAAACAUAUAAUAACCAAAGCAAUGAAUGUUGACAGUGAUGAUAGUUCAUCUGAAUCUUUUUACUGAUGUAAUUAACAUAAAUAGCUGGGCCAUAGUAUUUUUGUGCUGUGCAGUGAUGGCUUGUCUGAUUAGUUUAUUCUCUCUGUGGCCCAAGGUAUAAAAUAAUAUUUACUAAUAAUUUUACAAAUGCUUUUUUUAGUUUUGGGAAGA